AUGGGUCACACCAGAACUUCUUCAGUGGCCUUCAUCGUCCCCGUGAGCUCAGUUCCGAAGCCUCACCACUUGCACCAUCUCACCAUCUCCUCCUUCAGUCGUCCCAUCAAAUCAGUCGUCAAGGCAGAGGGAUGCUAUCCAACUUACGUCCAUCUACGAACCCUGACAGACUUGGCGAAUCCUCCUCUCAGGCCAAAGGAUUGUUCCCAGCGAAUCAACAUCCUCCGCUGCAUCAACCGACCAUUGCCGAACUUCCAGCACCGCAACUCCUUCGACAUCCGAACCAAGACAUCAUCGCAGCUUUGA